UUAAAUCCUUUUAAAGCUCUCUUUUUGGUUGAUUAUUCUUCCUUUCUCCUCUCCUUUCCUUUCUGCAUCGAAAUAUCUAGAGGGAAUGAUGCAGAAAUGUUCAUUGAGUAACCGGAGAAGGAGUUUCGAAGAUGAUGUACCAAUCUCAGAUAGAACGUUGGAGAUAAAUUCUCACAUCUCUGUUCCUUGUCAUUUGGAACAGUGUCUUAAUCUCAAGACAGGAGAGGUUUACUACAUAAACCGGAACACCGGAAUAAACAACAACAACAAUGCAUAUGAUGAUUUCAGUGGAGAAUCGGAUGUAACUGUUGUUUCAGAAGACGAUAGCUCUUAUCAUGAAAGCCAAGUAUCAUCAUCAGAGUCAUCUAUAGAGAAUCACGAAGAAGAGAAUGAAGUUCUUGUGGUAGCUGGUUGCAAAGCUUGUUAUAUUUAUUACAUGGUACCUAAACUCUUGAAAGAUUGCCCCAAAUGUGCAGCUCAGCUUCUUCACUUUGAUCGAAAUCACUCUGCUUCUCCUUAAACCUCUUUUUUAUCCCUUUUUUCAUUCUUCACAUAGAUUUAUAAGUUUCCUUUUUAUUUAUUUAUUCCUCUCUUUCAUCAUCUCUUAAAUCGUAUAUGUAUGAAUUAUUGGUCGUGUUGUCUGGAUUGCAUUAACACGAGGUUUGAUGGCA